AUGGGUAACCUUAUGAGACCUUCCUUGGCAAUUGUUAUGGCAUGUUUCACUAUUUUUCAAGGACUUUUGGUAGCUGUUAAUGGACAUUUUAAUUAUAAGGAAGCCCUUACCAAGUCCAUAAUUUUCUUAGAAGCACAAAGAUCAGGGAAACUCCCACCAAAUAAUAGGUUACCUUGGAGAGGAGACUCUGCCCUUGACGAUGGUAAACUUGAAAAUAUGGACCUUGUUGGGGGAUACUAUGACGCAGGAGACAACGUAAAAUAUGGAUUGCCAAUGGCUUUUACAAUUACAACCCUAUCAUGGAGUGCUAUAGAUUAUAAAAAAGAGUUAGAAGCCGCCGGAGAGAUGGAAAAUGUGCGUGCUGGUAUCAAAUGGGGCACAGAUUAUUUACUGAAAGCCAGCAGUAGACAAAACCGUUUGUAUGUGCAGGUGGGAGACCCAGUAGCUGAUCAUCAAUGUUGGGUUCGACCAGAAAAUAUGAAAACACCAAGAACUGUGUUGAAGAUUGAUGCGAAUCAUCCUGGAUCAGAGAUUGCAGCAGAAACAGCAGCUGCAAUGGCUGCUUCUUCCAUUGUUUUUAGAGCCUCAAAUCGUACCUAUGCCCGUCGUCUCCUCAACAAAGCCAAACUGCUUUACAAUUUUGCCAAAUCACACAAAGGAACUUAUGAUGGAGAAUGCCCCUUCUAUUGCUCUUUCUCUGGCUACAAUGAUGAGCUAAUGUGGGCUGCAACUUGGCUAUUCAUGGCCAGCAAGAAGCCCGUAUACUUGCAAUACCUCACAGAUGAAGCUAUUAAUGCUAAUGUUGCUGAGUUUAGCUGGGACCUCAAAUACGCCGGAGCCCAAGUUUUGCUCUCCAAGUUUUUCUUUGAAGGAAAUAAGGGCUUAGUGCCUCAUAAAAAUGCAGCUGAUAGUUUUAUAUGUUCAGCGCUCCCUGAUAGCCCUUACCACCAACUCUAUGUCACUCCAGGUGGUAUGCUUCACUUGAGAGAUGGAGCCAAUACUCAAUAUGUUACAGGCAUAGCAUUAUUGUUUGCCGUCUACAGUGACAUCCUCAGGGAUCACAAUGAAAAGGUUAGCUGUGGAAACAAGCAGUUUGACUCAACCGCCCUCCUCAACUUUGCCAGGCAACAGAUGGAUUACUUACUAGGGAACAAUCCGCUGAAAAGAUCAUUCAUGGUGGGAUUUGGAAACAACCCACCAACACAACCGCACCACAGAGGCGCUUCUAUUCCAGUAUCAGAAGCUAAAGAUGAUAUUAGCUGCCCCAUGAGCUUUGUGAACUGGUUCCAGAAGGAUAGGCCAAACCCUAAUGAACUAACGGGCGCAUUUGUGGGUGGACCUGACAAAUACGACAAUUUCAACGACAAACGAACUGAAUCAUCCUUUACCGAGCCAUGCACUUAUGUAAACUCCCAGGCAGUGGGUGUUCUGGCAAAGCUGGCAUCCCAUUAG